AUGGGUGCUGCCAGCGGGGAUGAAAGGAACACAGACCGUUCUCGCAACAGAGGAACACCACUCCCCGGAACACUGAGCUCAGUAGGAGGCAGCGGCGAGGAAUCACCGCCAAUAUACAGACCUGGGUCGCAAGCUGACCACAAACCAUCAUGCCGCUUGAUCGACUGCAUUAAUCAAAUAAGCUUGAUCAAGUUAAAACCAUUCCGUCAAGCGGCAUGUCCCUCCAAAAUGCCUGCCCAGUCUGGGUUAUUUUGGCUUGACGAAGCCUAUUUGAUCAAGCCACUGAAUCAAGCGGUACGACGUUAUGUCGUGUCUCAAUUUGUAAAGCCCAAACCACCCCAUCAGUAUUGGGAAGAAGAGACGUCUUUGACCCUGGUGCCUGACAACAAGAACUGCUUGCUGUGCGAGCUGCAAGACUCAGGGGCGUGCAGGGCCAUGCCUUCGUGUGUGUACUGCGAGCCGACUGUCACAGCUCUUUGCGAGAGGAGCACCCCGUGUUUAAGAUGCACUGUGAUCAAGAACCCAUUUUUCAAGUGCAUCCCCGGUGAGAAGUACAUGGACGAGUGCGACUCCUGCCGCUGCACGGACGGCCACAGCGGCUGGUGCACUAACCAAUUCUGUGAGUUCAGAUCGUUGCACAUCUACGCUGCGAAACUGUCGGAUGGGGAGUUCUAUUAA